ACGUAAAGUUUACGAAUAUCAAUGCUUCCUAUCGGCUGUUGUCUUUGACCGCUGACAUGAGCAUGUCAUCACUGGCCAGCUAUGACCAAAGCGACUAUGAGCUGCUCAUGGAUCGUGUAAAUGUUUUAAUGCCCAGCAUAACUCCGGAACUGUUUAAUGCAUUCAUGACUGGUACUGAUUGCGAAGACUACAGCUUACUUGUACAGACUGUGAGCCAGCAUAUUGGUGACUACACGCCAGAAGAGUCUCAGAGUCUUUGUGGCGCUAUAAAAGAUAAUGCUGAAACCCGUAUGACAGCCGCAGGUGUCUGCCCUGUGAGCGGUGAAAACAGCAGCGCUACAAUAAUGAGACUUUUCGGCAAUUUCUCUGUGUAUGCUAGUUACGCAGACCUUCUGAGCUUCAUACCUAACUUGAAUGGGCUUUCUGCUAUUGGUGUCCUGAGUCCAGAGCAAGUGGCAAAUAUGUCCCUCACCGGAGAUACACUCAGUAACCCAGCUAAUGCCCAAAUCGUUAUUCAGACUCUGUCUGAAUAUUCUUUCUCCCAGUUAGACAGCUUCCUGUCCACCUUAACGACCACUGCGGAGCAGAACAACCUAGCGUCCUUGCCAAAUGCCAAUAUCCAAAAUGAUAUGUUCGCUGUCAUAUUUGGCCAGAUCUCACUUUACUUACCUACAUUUACUGUUGCCCAGUUUAAUGCCUAUUUUGGUAUUAAUGGAAAAUUUGAUCUCUUUUUGACAAGCUUUUCUGCAAGUGAUAUCCUCCAGUUGCCAAAUAAGACUAACUGCAACUCCUUCCAAAUCAUGAUGUCUGGAUUAAGCCGUCAUUUCGCGGAAUAUUCAGAAGUUGUCCAACAAGCAGCAUUUAACUAUGCCUAUGGCUACCUAAGUGCUCAGCUCUCAUCCACUGGAUCAGCAUGCCUCCCAAGCACAGGAGACAGUGGCGUGUGGCUCAACACCAACUUGGGGGCAUUUGGUAAAUUAGCUACCAAUGCGCAAAUUAAAGCACUAUACCCAAGCUUUCAAUUUGAUGCUGCAGGCCAAUACCUCACACCCGUGCAGCUGGCCACAUACAUGGCAGACAACGCCGUCUUGUCAAACACGGAUAAAAUUACUAUGAUCUUCAUUUACAUAAACAGCAAAGAUGUUUUGAACUUUCUUGAUGAAUUUAAUGAAGCCGCUAGCAAGAAGGGGAUAACGCAAAUUAAUAGUCCAGCUGCAAAGUUGAUAUUGGGAGACGUCUUCUGCACCCUUAGACCAAUGCUGCCAUCAUUCACUGCAGAUAAUUACACCAGCUUGAUCUCAGUCAGAUUGGAAUUUUUUUUUUAUAUGGUCAAUGCUCAGAUUCUGGGCUACUUAGCAGAUGUGGACUGUGCCUCUUUUGCUGCCAUAGUGGAUUCUUCAGGCACGAUUCCAAAUCUCCAGAACAUCAAUGACGUAGUCAACUAUAUGGAAACCUAUCUUCAGAAUCAGAAAGCAAACACUGGUUCUGCCUGCAACAGUGGCAGACUGGACUCUAGAGAAUGGCUGAUGACGAAUUGUGGGAAGUUUGCCUCUUACAUAUCAUGGAGUACCAUUACCAGCCUUUAUCCAGAUAUGGAUUUGAUUGCUGUACUAGACAAGGUGACCCCCGAACAGGCGGCAUCUGCGUGUGCAAGUUCUAACAUUAUUUUUAAUGUCACUGCAGUCAGUUAUGUGCUGAACAGUUAUACCGGGAACUACGACGCUUCUUCCACCUUUAUGUACAGCCUAAUACACCUCUCAUCACAGAUCUUAACUCCAACAGUGAAAACCGUCAUGCUAAAUUUUGCUGCAGAAAAUUUUUUCCCCCUACUGAAUGCUCUUCCCACAUCAGUGAGCCAGAAUUUGGUAACAAAUCUGACCGUGCUGUUUACAAGUAUUAAUUCCACCUUCUUGAGUUACGUACCACUGGACAUUCCAUGCACACUGUUUAAGACCAUUGUAACUGCAUUUACUAGUGUUUUCCAAAGCCUGCCGGAUUCGAGGCGAAUGGCUGUGGCUGAUUUUAUGACAACAUGCUUGCAGAAUAAAUAUACAACAGAAGGUGAUGCAUGCACAGGCAGUACAGAUAACACAGGUUUUUAUGCAGUGUCCGUCCUUGGACCUUAUUCUUCCUACAUCUCAGCAGCAAAAUUAAUGACGUUUUUCCCCAAAGCAAAUAUAACGCAAUAUUCACUCAUAUUCCCAUUUGCCGUUAGUGGAGCUGUAAUUACAGACAUAGGUACUAUAACUAAUACAUAAAUCUCUAAUAAAUCUAAUAAAUUGUAAUGUUUUAAUCAGAAAAAUCUACCCUUUAGUGGGCGUAGAUCGUAGUACAUGGAAAGACUGAAUAAAAACUGAUCGCGUUUGCUAAAAUAAACUUUAUUAACUAUUCCAGGCCUUGCUGUUCAGUAUACUAUUAUUUGGCCACGGCUAAUUUGUUUAUCAGAAGUGGAAAUACUUUUUGUUUGAUUUUACAUUUAUUACGUUAAUAAUUCUGUUCGUGCUUUGAAAUGUUAUUUGUCAAUUAUACUUUGCUGAUCUCAAUGUGCAGAAAAUGAAUA